AUGUCAUACUUCACAGCGCGCGAUCGAAAGGUAGUUCCCGAAAAUCGUGUGAGAGAGUUAUUCUCAGAGGUCGAUUGGGUAGCAACCAUGAACUGGGUUGAAGAACAGUUGAAAGCCAAGGGUUUGAUGCCUAAGAAUGUCGAUACCAGUGCUCUCGAUGGAAUGGUUGCUUUCCCAGGCGAACGACCCGCUGCAGAGGCAUCUGCUGACGAACGCAAGCAAUCUGCCCUCAAUCGAAUGAGCCAGCUAAUCGAUAAGCAAAAUCAACGAAGAGCUUUGGAUAUUUAUAAAACGCAAGCUUUGAACAAUUUCGGGCCGCCGAAACGCCCGCUUGAGGAUAGUGCUGUCUCUGGCAUCGAUAUUCAAACCAAGCGUCAGAAUAUGAUGGAGUUGAGUCGAGUAGGAGCUUCUAACGAACUAAUGAUGGAGUCGGUAGGUAACGCUCGUAAGAACGUUCAAAAUAUCUAUCAGCACAAUCCGUGGCUCGUUAGAAUCCAUAUUCCACCGACGGGGGUCGAUCGCGUAAAGAAGAGCCGAGAGCAACUCUCUGGGUAUUAUCUAGAUGCUAGCGCGGAUGUUUACAAAAUGAAGACUCCGCCAAACGCGUCUAGCAACGACACGCGCCUUACCGAUGCUGCAAUAAAAUAUUGA